AUGCUCUUCCACGAAGACGAAGCGGUCCAGUUCCCAUGGCCGGUUCAGGAGACGGCGGUGCUCACGGCUGGGGAUAUACAGGAGUUGUUGUCCCUCCUCCAAUCAGGAGACGAACCAGAUCACACGAGCAGCCCAAGCUCCGGUUCGCAAGGGUCCAGCCGGGAGGUUUACUCCAAUGACGAGAGGAAGCGCAGGCGGAUGCAGUCGAACCGGGAGUCAGCCCGACGAUCCCGCUGGAGAAAGAAGAGACAUUUAGAGAACCUGAACAGCCAAGUGAACCGCUUCUCAGUCGAAAACCAACAGCUCAAAAACCGGCUAGGCCUGGCCUUGUAUCAACUCCGAGUAGCAUGCUCAGAGAAUGAACGCCUGAGAACCGAAUCCGUGGCCCUCAUGGCGAGACUUUCUGAUCUAUAUUUGAUUUUAGGCUCCGUGCAUUCCCAAUAG